AGGCCUGGGCGGCCCUUUUGAGUGUCGGCGCUCUCGGGCUUUGCCGGGCCGGAAGCGGAAGCGGCGCCGGAAGCGGAACCGGUCCGUGUCUGUGCUCCUCUCCGGGCUGCCAUGGAGGCUCCCGAGGACGGUGCUGGAGGCGGAGAACCGGGAGCCCUGAGCCUGGCGGAGCUGUGCGCACAGCUGCCCCAGCAACGGGACGCGGCAGGCCGGCUCCGCACGGGCCACGAACUACUGCGGCGGCUUCAGGCGCCUGGGUCGGAGGAGCCGGAGCCGGACGAGGCGACGCUGGACCGCGUAGUGGACGAGCUGACCGCCUGGCUGCCGGCCAGUCACAGCAAGGUGGCAUUACUUGGAUUAGACAUUUUAAGUGCCUUCGUCGACAGAUUACUGACGAGAUUCAAACCCUACAUCCCCGCGGUUCUUUCAGCUUUCCUAGACCGGCUGGGAGAUUCCAAAGACCAGGUUCGAGAACAAGCCCAGAGUCUGAUAUUGAAGCUCAUUGAUCGAGCUGCCUCGCCCAUGUAUGUUUGGGAACACCUGACUGUUGGGUUCAAACACAAGAACCAUCGGUGCCGGGAAGGCGUCUGUCUCUGCCUCAUUGCCACCCUCAACACCUAUGGUGCACAAGCGCUAGCCCUCAGCAAGUUGGUGCCCCAUUUGUGCAUCUUAUUUGGAGAUUCCAAUGGUCAGGUGAGGGAUGCUGCCAUAUUGGCCAUGGUGGAGGUCUAUCGACAUGUGGGAGAGAAGGUCAGAGUGGACCUCAGCAAGCGAGGACUCCCUCCUGCCCGGUUACAGACAGUGUUGGCCAAAUUGGAUGAAGUGAGGAACUCGGGGGGCCUGAUCUCGAGCUUCAUCAAUGGUAAGAUGGCGUUCCGUUCUGUUCGCCGCCGUAAGACUCUCGUCGGGGUCUGCAGACGAAGGCUUGCCUAGCCUGAGGACCGUGGACGGUGGAUCUCUUGUCGUUCCAGACAGAACCAUGCCAGGCCUGGGUGCCAUUUGGCUGUUGUUAUGGGAAAGGUCCGAGAAGUCUCCUUCUCUCUGGGCAGGCUGGCCGUUGACUUGGAUUUUAUCUCUCUUGGCUUCCUGGGUUGGGAGAGCAGAAUACAUUUCCCUGCUUCUCCAGGGCUUGGCAUUAGAGGUGGUGGAGACUGCCACCCAGAUGGGUGGUGCCCCAGAUUCAGCUCUGGGGUUGCCUGCCUGCCUUUUUUUCCCCAAACCCUUUACUUACAUAUUAGAAUCGAUCCUAUGUAUUGAUUCCAAGGUAGAAGCAUGGUAAGGGCCAGGCAAUUGAAGUGAAAUGACUUACCCAGGGUCACACAGCUGGGAAGUGUCUCCAGGCCUGAUGCUAUCCACUGAGCCACCUAGCUACCUCUUCCCCCUUCAAUGGGUGACUUUUUGAACUAUCUUUUCAAAAGCCCCCCUCAUCCUGAAAUAUUAUUUGGUCAUUUCCCUCAAAGAACAACACAUUUGUGUCUCCCUUUUCCCACAUCCCUCCAGCAUUUAUCACUUCCUUUUACUGCCAUAAUGGCCAAUCUGAUAGGUGAGAGAUGGCACCUCAGUUAUUUUAAUUUGCAUUUCUCUAAUCAAAAGGGAUUUAAAACAUUUUUUCAUAUGAUUACUGAUGGCUUUGAUUUCUUCAUCUGAUAACUGCCUAUUCAUGUCCAUUGGAGGAAUGACUUGGAAUCUUAAAUAUUUGAGAAAUGAGGCCUUUCUCAUAGAAAUUUAUUCUAAUUUUUCCCCCUUCUAAUUUUGUUUACAUUGGCUUUGCUUGUACAGAAACUUUUUAAUGAAAUAUAAUCAAAAUUAUUAUAACGUUCUUAGUUUCUUGUUUGGUCAUGAAUUCUUCCCUUCAUAGAUCUGCCAGGUAAACUCUUCUAUGUUCUCCUAAUUUACUUAUGGUAUGACCCUUUAUGGCUAAAUCAUAUACCCAUUUUGACCUAUUGCUUUCCAGUUUUCCCAGGAGUUUUUGUCAAAUAGUGAGUCCUUAUCCCCAAAGCUGGGAUCUUCAAGUUUCUAAAACACUGACAUCAUUUACCCCUAAUCUGUUCCUUUCUGAAUCACCCUUCUCUCUCUUAGCCAGUACUAGUUUCAUCACUGCUUUUAUAGUACGGUUUAAGAUCUGGUACUGCUAGGCCCUGUAGGGAUUAAAUUUAGGGUUGGAUUAAAUAUAAGAGAAUGUGGUGGCCUAUUUAAAAACAAUUAAGACAGCUCAAGUCAAAAUGACUCUUUAGUAGCUUUAUUUCCAAAAAGAGAGGAAGAGUGGAAGUAGAGAAAUGUGAAAGGGGGUAGAAUAAGAUCUCUAACCUAACACAUUCAAUAUUUGCUCCAGCCCCUGGCUCAACCCAGGCAGGGCUAUUUAGCCCUCAGCUGGAGGACCCUGGGGUGAAUACCCACAUGGCCUCCUCCAAGACAGGGAGGCCUCUCCGGAAACUAAUCUCUCCAGAAGCCAGGAAAAGAGUCAGCUUUUCCCUCACCCAAGCAGUGGCUCCAAAGGGAGAAGAUCCAAGAGCAGUCUUACCAGAGUCCCCGGUCCUCAUGCUUCAGAUUCAGCCCAAAGACCUACCAAGAGCUCAAAAGCCUCAAAAGACCUCAUGACAGGAAGUUUUGGCCACUUUUAAAGACCCUUCUUUAUGUCACUUCCUGUUCCUUCCACCACUUUAGGGGACCAGUUGUAGUCUAUGAAUUUGCUUAAGACUGCCCAGGGGGCAGUCAGUUGUUUCUGGAUGUACAAACCCUUUUAGUAAGUAGUUUGUGGACUUUCCUUAUUUUAGGGUUAAGUAGGGAUAUAUUUGCUUUUGUUGAUUAAAUUAAAAAGGCAAGGGGAGAGUUAAUCCCAUCUUCCCAGCCUCCAUCCUUCACAUAUUUUUUCAUUAAUUACCUCUUUGAUGUCCUUGGGUUUUUUCCCUUCCAGAUGGAUUUGAGUAUUUUUUUUCCUAGUUCUAUAAAAUACUUUUUCAGUAGCUUGAUUGGUAUAGCACCAAAUAAAUAAAUUAAUUUAGAUAGAAUUGUCAUUUUUAUUAUAUUCAGCCUAUCCAUGAGCAAUUAAUGUUUUCCCGUUUGUUUAGGUCUAACUUCAUUUGUGUGAAAAGUGUUUUUUAAUUGUGUUCACACAGUUUCUGGAUUUGUCUUCACAGAUUCCUAAAUAUUUUAUAUUGUCUAAAAUUAUUUUUUUUAUUUUUUUUUUAUUUUUUUAUUUUUUAAUAUAUUUUAUUUGGUCAUUUCCAAGCAUUAUUCGUUAAAGACAUAGAUCAUUUUCUUUUCCUCCCCCCCCACCCCCCCAUAGCCGACUCGUAAGUCCACUGGGCAUUAGAUGUUUUCUUGAUUUGAACCCAUUGCUUUGCUGAUAGUAUUUGCAUUAGAGUGUUCAUUUAGAGUCUAUCCUCUGUCAUGUCCCCUCAACCUCUGUAUUCAGGCAGUUGCUUUUUCUCGGUGUCUAAGAUUAUUUUAAAUGAAAAUUCUCUUUCUAUCUCUUGUUGCUAGACUUUAUUGGACAUAGAAAUGCUAAUGAUUUAUGUGGAUUUAUUUUGUAUUCUCUAAUUUUGCUUAAGAUUAUUCAUUAUUUAAACUAUUUUUUUGGUUGAUUCUCUUAAGCAGAGAGUGAUAGUUUAUUUUCUUCUUUGCCUAUUUUGAUGCCUUCAAUUCCUUUAUCUUCUCUAAUUGCUACUGCUAGUGUUUCUAGUACAAUGUCAAAUAGUAGAGGUGAUAAUGGGCAUCCUUGCUUCACUCCUGAUUUUAGUGAGAAGGCUCCUCACUUAUCCCCAUUGUAGAUGAUGUUUGCUGACGGUUUUAGAUAGAUACUACUUAUCAUAUUAAGGGAAAGUCCUUUUAUUCCUGUGCUUUCUAGUGUAUUUAAUGGAAAUAGGUAUUGUAUUUUGUUGAAGACUUUUUCUACAUUUGUUGAGAUAAUCAUGUGAUUUCUGUUAGUUUGGUUAUUAAUACGGUGAAUUAUGCUCAUGGUUUUCCUCAUAUUAAAACAGACUUGCAUUCCUGGUAUGAAUCCUACCUGGUUAUAGGGGACGAGCUUUAUAAUUUAUUGCUUUAUUCUCCUUGCUAAUAUUUUAUUUAAAAUUUUUGUAUUUAUAUUCUUUAAGGAAAUUGAUCUAUAACUUUUUUUUCCAGUUUUUGUACUUCCUGGUUUAAGUUUGGAUAACAUAUUUGUGUCAUGAAAGGAAUUUGUUAGGACUCCCUCUUUGCCUAUUUUCCUAAAUAAAACUAUUUAUAGAUGUAUAUAUAAAAAUUUAUAUAUAUAUAAUAUAGUAUCAGGAUUGAUUUUUCUUUAAAUGCUUGAUAGAAUUCACUUGUGAAUUCCUUUGCUCCUGGAAAUUUUUCCUUAGGCAAUUCCUUGAUGGCUUGUUCAGUUUCUUUUUCUAAAGUGCGAUUAUUUAAGUUUUCUGUUUCCUCUUUUAUUAAUCUGGGCAAUUUGUAUUUUUGUAAAUAUUCAUUUUCUUAGAUUAUCAGAUUUAUGGUAAUACAAUUGGGCAAAAUAGCUCCUAAUAAUUACUUUAAUUUCUUCUUCAUUGGUGGUGAAUUUACCCUUUUCAUUUUUAAUACAAACAUAGGCAAACUUGCGCAAGUGGUAGUGGCGUAAGAUAUUUUCAUUGUGUAUAUAGUCCUGUGUUCAUCCUGCAAUAUAGCAAAAUUUCCACAAUACAGAAUUAGAUAGAUUUUUUAAAAUCUUGUGAUAUAGUGAACUGCAAUGUAGCAAGGGACCAAUGUAGUAUUAUUUUUAACCCCUUACCUUCUGUCUCACAAUCAAUACUGUGUGUUGGUUCUAAGGCAGAAGAGUGGUAAGGAGUAGGCAAUGGGGGUUAAGUGGCUUGCCCAGGGCCACACAGCUAAGGAGUAUCUGAGGUCAGAUUUGAACCCAGGACCUCCCAUCUCUGGGCUUGACUCUCAAUCCACUGAACCACUCAGCUGCGCCCCAGUAAUUCUUAAAUUAUCUCUUCUGAUAUAUUUUUUAGGUCUAUGUACUUCCAAUGAGAUAUUUCAUAUAUUCUAUUUUUUCAUUCUUUUGUUUUUGUUUUGUUGUUUCUUGAUGUUUCAUGCAGUCAUUUUUUUCCACUUGCACAACUCUAAUUUUGGUGGAAUUAUUUUCUUCAAUUAGCUUGUGAUCCUCUUUUACUAUUUGACCGAUUCUACUUUUUAAGUUGUUAUUUCUUCUCGCAUCACUUCCAUUUCUCUUCUUCAUUUUUCCUUUUUCUUAUUUGAUUUUUGGCAUCUUUUUUUAACUUUUCCAGAGCCUGACAAUAAUUUCCAUAUUUCCUUGAAGUUUUGCAUAUAGCUGGUUUGAUCUCAAUGACCCCUUCUGAGUUUGUGCCUUACUGUUUUUUGUCUUUGUAAUACUAUUC